AUGGGACUUCGACAUGUGCAAGUCCAGACUGACUCUCACAUAGCUAUUCAACUCGUCGAAGGAGCUGGGGAACGACACCCCCACCUGGCUUUGGUCUCCGAGGUGCGACGACUCUUGGCUUUGGAUUGGCAGGUGGAAGUAAUUCACGUGUUUCGGGAGGGUAAUGUUGUUGCUGACUACCUAGCGUCUCUUGGACAUAGUCGUCCUCCGGGGUUUCAUUUUGUUGAUACCCAAUGCCCGGUCCUUAACUACUGGCUACUGUUCGAUUGUAUGGGAGUUUCAACUCCUCGUCUUGUUUGUAAUGAUUAA